UCUUCUUGAAUUAUUGUUCGUCGCUGUAGUAAAAACAUGCGAUAAAAAUUAUCAAAAAUUGUAAGAAUUGGUGUGUUUGUUGGUUGGUAAAUCUAUUAAAUAGUAUUUUUAAUUCCGUGCGAUAACGUGCAAUCAACCUAGUGCUACGAACGGAGGAUUUUUCAUUUGCGUACCGUUUUGUACAGUGAACUCGGAAACAAUAAUUCGCAAACGGAUAGUUUAUGUAAAUUCCUGUAACUGCUUCGUCCUGUCUUGUGUGUGAGUCUCGAAAAUCCACGAAAUCACGAAAGGUGAAAAUUGGCACAAGUUCCAGAGCAUUCCUCGACCUAACCACAGUAUCUAAAUGGCGAAAUAUUAUGAGAAUACGACCACUUUCAAUUACUCAUGGGAGCAGGUGACGCAGUGCUUUUGGAACCGGUAUCCUAAUCCGUUCAGCUCGCACGUACUGUCCGAGGAUACUGUGUGCCGGGAGAUAAGAAACGGAAAGCUACACAGCAAACGUUUAUUGACCAAAACAAACCGAGUACCAAAAUGGGGAGAACGGUUUUUCAAAGCCAAAUCUGUCAACAUACUGGAGGAAUCGGUUAUCGAUCCGAAAGAACGAGUGCUUGUAACAUACACUAGGAAUAUAGGAUUCAAUAAAAUUAUGAAUGUUGUCGAAAAAGUCACCUACCGGUCGAUUCCGGAUCAACCAGGCAAGACGAUUGCCAUCCGGUCCGCAUGGAUAGAUUCUUCUGUGUUUGGUUUCGCGACCGCCAUUCGCGCGUUCGGUUUAGAUCGAUUCAAAAAGAACUGCAUGAAAACCGUGGACGGUUUCAACUACAUGCUGCACCAUAUGUUCCCGCCCCAUGCAUCCUCGCCAUCGGCGGCUAUACAUAUUCAACACCUUUCCAAGACGCAGAAAAUCAAGGAAGCCGCAAAGAAUGCGUCCGAUCAUAUGAAAGCUCAGGCCGAACAUUUGGUGCAAAAUCUUUCCGUAAAAGGUUGAACCAAGCCCCCCUAGUGUGGAUGGCCGUUGGCCUACGGAACAAUCCACACAUUUCGCUGUCGAGUAAAUUGUAUGUUAGGAGAAUACAUUGGGAGUUUGAUUAACACUAGGACGCGGUCUCGGCUCUAUCUACCUACCACAUUACUUUGUAUUCUAACAAAAUCUUGUAAACUUAUUCAAUUUUUAACAUGAUGUCGCUCAUCUUUAAACUAAAUCGCUACCCAACUCGUCACGAGUUCCAGUCCAGUGAGGCAUGUGCUCAAGAAAGUAAGCAAGCAACAGCAAGUAUGAACAUAAACACAUUGAGAUCGUAAGUAUUUUACCCUUUUCAAUAACUAAACAGGCAGUAAUAGGCAGAUGCAGUAUUUGGAAAAUUCUUUAAAUUUUUUGCUAGAAGUUUCAAUUGUCACUUGCUUGGAUGCUAUUGAAGUGAACGAAAAAUAUAAGUUAGUGCAUCAUUCCAGGCCGAUUACGCUUACGAUUACCAACCACAGUACUAUUUAAGAAUACAGUAAUAUGUAACCACGUAACUACUAGCGUUAGGACGAAGAUAUUGGCUUUUCUAAUAUCCGCGACGUCUUAUUCACAAGAUGGUGAUAACAUCGUUUAGAAUUUAUUCGAGUAAGAAAAAAGUACGACUUAAGUUUGAUUAGGAACUCGUUAACAAAUCUAGCAAAAUAUUAACGCAGAUGGGGAUAAGAAAUUGGCAUACAUAUAAAGAUAAUGGUGUUUCGCGUAGUAUGGUUUAUGCAAAUACGUUAUAGAAUGCUCGAAAGGCUCAAUUCGGAUCGAUCAAGCCGAGAGUUUACAUAGAUUGGCUAAGCACCCUCCCUGUUGAAGUGCAAAGAAAACUUUAAUUGUAGAUACUUUUUAUUUUGUUAGUCCAAAACUUGUUGCUAGCCUUGUAUUAAUAUCCGAUUUUCCUUUGCG